AUGUCGCUUUACAAAAUUCUAGUGAUAUUCUUGCUAGUUAAUAAAUGUGAAGGGACCGUGAAUCCAUACGGACCGACUGUUGUUAGAGACUACGCUAAUUGCAUCAGUACUAUAAUUGAAAAUGAAUUUAACGAACCCGGUCUCUUGAUAUUCGCGAACACAAAUAAUGUUAGCACUUCAGUGUCUAAUAUAAGAACAGUUUUGUUGAAAAGGCUCCAUGAAACAAUGAAUUUUAGUGUGGAAAUCAUGAGCCCUGGGAAAGAAGUGGAAAUCUGUGAUAAAGACAAUUAUAACCUCGGAGUUUUACACGUCGAUACUUUCGUAGCCAUACCGUCAGCCAAUUAUUUUAUUAUCAUAAUAGACAGUUAUACAGAUUUUUCAUACUUAGCCAGCAAACUUAUAAGGUCGCGUUCUUGGAAUCCAUUUGCAAAGUUCAUCAUUUUACUUUUCAACUACGUUCGGAACGAUAAAAUUAAUAUCGAAUACGUUGAGAAAGUACUUAGCUGCCUCUUCAAAUAUAACGCAAUAAAUAUUGUUAUCGCCGUACCUCAAGCAAGUAAUGUUCGUAAUGCGAUUAUUUACAGUUGGAGACCUUACGACCCACCAAAGUAUUGCGGUUACUUUAAUGAAACAGCUAAAGAUAGACUAGUUGCAGUAAAUACGUGUGAGCGAGGGAGGCUGAAAUACAAUAAUAGUGUUUUUGAAGACAAAGUUCCAUACGACAUGAAUGGCUGUGUAAUGGAAAUACUAGCAUUGCAGAGACAGCCGUUCAUAAGUGAUGAUGAACAGUAUACAAGUAUUGAAAAAAUUAUGAUCGACAGAAUGCUAAAGCGGUUCAAAAUGAAAGCUCAUUAUCAUUUCUUAGAAGGAUUUCGAGGGGAAAGGGAAAAUGUUGGUGAAUGGAACGGAGCGCUAAAGAAACUAUCAUCGAAGACUGGACAAUUGCUUCUAGGUGGUAUAUUUCCAGAUUUUGACGUGCACGAAGAUUUUGAAACUACUACGACGUAUUUAGCAGAUGUUUAUACUUGGGUCGUUCCAAGAGCUCCUAAAUCAGCGCCGUGGGUGGCUUUAGUAUUUGUAUUUAAGCGAUUGGUAUGGUAUUCAGUUAUAGUUUGCUUUGUUCUGUGUGGAAUAGCAUGGACAGUUAUUGGUCGGCUUAGCGGUGAAUCUCCGUACAAUAAAUCACUUUUUCAUUGUUUUCUUAAUACUUGGAUAACUACUAUGGGUUUCGUUACAUACUUACAUCCAAAGAAAGACAGUCUACGUGUUUACUUCGUAUUUCUCAACAUGUACUGUAUAUUAUUCUCAGCAGCAUAUCAAACGCAACUAUUCGAUGUUUUGACACGGACUUCUUACGAUCACCAAAUGAACACAGUUCAGGAGUUAGUUGACAGUGGCAUAAAAUUUGGUGGUUAUGAAGAGUUGCACGAUUUAUUCUAUAACUCAACUGAUCCGUUUGAUAACCUGAUAGGUGAGAAAUGGGUUGACAUCGAAAACAUUACUGAUGCUUUGAUUAAUGUUGCUGUUUAUAGGAAUUUCUCGUUGCUGUGCAGUAAACUCGAGUUGAAACAUAUAUCUGCAGUUACACCUGCAUUGAGUGACAAUGCUGGGAAUUAUAAUUAUCACACGUUUUCUGAUAACGUUUUUAAUGUACCCAUAGAGACGAUAGCGUUGAGAGGAUUCCCUUUUAUGUUGAAGUUUUCAACCACAAUAACAAUAUUUAAGCAGAGUGGUUUAAACGAGGGUUUGAGACAUCAGUUUACAGAAUUUACUGAGAGAAGAAGAGCUCGUCAACUGCGAGAUCUGUUGAAGGAAAAAUCCGAUGUUAGUCCACUGACGGCGAAACAUCUUCAAGGCGGAUUCUUUGCUUUAUUCCUAGGUUAUGUGAGCGGCAUUUUCACUCUUAUUGCCGAAGUCUUAGUGAACACUGGAUCUUUCAAGAAAAAGUUUGCUCAGUGUAAAAGAAAAUUAAACUUUAUGUAAUAGACACAAAUUACAAAAUAGUUUAAUU